GGGUCCCGGAGCACCUGCCCCGCCUUGCGGAGUCGCCUCGGCCAGCGGAGACCCCUCCCUGUCUGGACCCCGGCCCCACCUCCGGGUUCUCCCAACCUCUCUGGGGAGCCAGAGGACAAGAGGCAGGGCUUUGGCACCAGCCAGGCCUAUAUUCACAUCCCAGCUCUGCGGUUCUGAGACUCUUAUCACAUCACCUCCUCCUGGAAGCUACCCUGAUUGUCUUCACCUCCUUUCUUGAAAAUUGGUGUCUCAGAAGUUAACAGAAGGCUUGUGUAAAUGCCCUAGGUGUGUGCUGUUGGGAGGGGCACAGCCCCCUGUGAUGGGAACACCACAUUCAGAUUCAUCAGUUUGCAGGAGGACCCCUUCCACAGUCUGCCCAGGCUGGAGCCAGUUUUGUUCUGCCUGUUCUCAUUUUUGGCUGUGAAAACAACAGUCACGCUUACUGAAUAUUUACUCCGUGCCUGAUACCGUUCCAGGCACUUUCACCUGCGCUAAUUUAAUCCUUACAACAGUCCUACGAGGGUUGCCUGAGGCCCUGCCGCCCCGUGGAUCAUGUUUAACGGGGAGCCAGUUCCGGCCUCAGCUGCGGCCUCCAGGAACGUGGUGCGGAGCUCCAGCAUCAGCGGCGAAAUCUGCGGACCCCAGCAGGCUGGGGACAGGACCGGGACCACCACCGCCAAGAAGCGGCGCAGCAGCCUCGGGGCCAAGAUGGUGGCCAUCGUGGGCCUGACCCAGUGGAGCAGGGGCACACUCCAGCUCCCCCAGGCUGAAGGGGCCACCAAGAAACUGCGCAGCAACAUCCGGCGGAGCACGGAGACGGGUGUUGCCGUGGAGAUGCGGAGUCGGGUCCCUCGCCAGGGCAGCCGGGAGUCCACGGACGGGAGCACCAACAGCAAUAGCUCCGAUGGCACGUUCAUAUUCCCCACCACCCGGCUUGGAGGUGAAAGCCAGUUCAGCGAUUUCCUGGAUGGCCUGGGACCAGCCCAGAUUGUUGGGCGACAGACGCUGGCAACACCACCAAUGGGGGAUGUGCACAUUACCAUCCUGGACCGGAGCGGCCAGCUGGAGGUGGAAGUGAUUGAGGCUCGGGGCCUGACCCCCAAACCAGGCUCCAAGUCCCUCCCAGCCACCUAUAUCAAGGUUUACCUACUUGAGAACGGGACCUGCUUGGCCAAGAAGAAGACAAAGGUGGCCAAGAAGACCUGUGAUCCCCUGUACCAGCAGGCGCUGCUCUUUGACGAGGGGCCCCAGGGCAAGGUGCUGCAGGUGAUCGUCUGGGGAGACUAUGGCCGCAUGGACCACAAGUGCUUCAUGGGCAUGGCCCAGAUCAUGCUGGACGAGCUGGACCUGAGUGCCGCGGUCACCGGCUGGUACAAACUCUUCCCCACCUCCUCUGUGGCAGACUCUACGCUCGGCUCCCUCACCAGGCGCCUGUCCCAGUCCUCCCUGGAGAGCGCCACCAGCCCCUCAGGCUCCUAAGGGCCUCAGGAAGAGGCCUGGAUGCAGUGUGGGAAGGGGUGCUGCCACCCCCCGUCUCCUCCCCUGUACAUAGUCUUCAUGUCUUUUUGGACCCCUUGCCUUGCUGCAUGCCUGUUGGCUACUGGGCCUGUCCCAGCUGGCAGUGGAGACUCUAGUAUGUGUGCGUGUGUGUUUGUGUGUGUGUCUGUAUGUGACCAUGUUAGAUCUGUUCAUUUGUCUGGGUGUAUUUGGUCUUAGUGACUAUAUGGGCUGAAAUCCAUGUCUCUCUGUGUCUCGUUGUAAAGAAACCCAAAGGAGAGUUGCGUGGACAGGACUCCACUUGAGUCCAGGGGUGGAAGUGGGAGACGCAGCCACUGGUCCAUCCCACCUGGUCCUAGGCUCCGGGCAGAGCCUGCAUGUCCCCGCCUGUGCCUGUUCUUGGUGGUCCCUGCUUAGUUUUCUGUCUUGUUCUUUGUUCCACCUCUGCCUCGCCCAGCACCUCUGCUCUUUUUUGAGGAAUGUAGCGUCCACUGCAGCUGGCCACACCGAGGCCCCUCUGGGAAUCCUGACACCCCUCCUCUUCACUGGGCACUCCGGCUGCUCUUCCCACCGAAUGCAUCCACAGCAUGUAGCAUCUCACCUAGCGCCCUGGCCAGGGCUCUGGGAGGCAGACGAUGCCGGGGAGCUGAGGGCUUAAAGACCGCUUUCUCCCUCGGGCUGGCGCCACCUCCUUCCUACAAGUGAGAUUGAAGGAGGUGUCAGUUCCCAGGGCUGCAGGCCAGGUACCUUGGAGGAAAGUGCUGGUACCUCCCUUAGAAUUGUUCACCUCCUGUUUUCCUCCAAGCCUCCUCACUUGCGACAUGCCAAAGGAGCUCUCCCAGUGGACCCCAGGUGGUGUGGAGUGGACGGUCUUGACAUGCAAGAGGUUGGCCUCAUGGGGAUGUUACCUGCCAAAGUGGGCAGCCCCUGGUGGCACCUGUGUCCAUCCCAGGCCCUGAGGGUGGCCCUGUGCCCCUCUGGGCUCAUCCUGGAGGGGCCUGGCUUGUUGAGGAUGUGCCCAGGGCAGGGCUGCUGGCAGGAAUGAGGAGGGCUGGGGCUGACUUGCUCUGAGAAUCCUGUCCGACCUUUGGGGAUUAGCUGCAUGAAGUUGAUUAUUGGGGGCUCUAUUUUUUUUUUUUUCUCUUUUCCAGACCAGGGUCCAUGUCUGGGAGCUCAGAUUCACUGAGGCUUCAGCCUCCUGGCUCCACGGACAGCUUGGCUGUAGACUCUAGACCAUCACAGUCACCAGCUCUGUUUAAGCAAUACUCACCCCUCUCGGCCUUCCUGCCCCCUGCCCCCUGCCGCUGCCCUCUGGAGGGUAGCCUGGCCUGCUCUAGACACCGCGCCUGCCUCUGCUUUCUUUCCACCCUUGUCUGGUUGGAGCUUCCCAAAGCCACUCAAACCCUGACCUGAUUGGACAGCUGGGCCCUGGGGGUGGGCACCAGGGCCUGGACUGGACCUUGUGAGAUGUCUGCUGGGAAUCCUGAAGUCUGGCUCAGGAGUGCCCAGAUCUGUCCCUCUCCUUCCUCAGGUCUAGCAUGAAAGGCAAGAGGUUGCCCAGGAGGUGGACACAGCAGCCCUUGGGUUCAGGUCUGGUGGGGUGGAAAGAGGCAGGAGGAGGGGUCAAGGUCUGGGACAGGCUUGCGCUCUGCCUCUUGCCCAGGUAUCACCCCUGAGAGCUGCACUGACUCUAACCCGCGUAUGUGGGGAUCCGUGGAGAGCUGCUUGGACUCCAUCCAUAAACGAAGCCAGACGGGCCUGGAGCUGGAUUCUGAGGCAGGCAGGUGGAGACAGAGGCUGAGACAGAGCCAUCCCCACCGAGGGGUCCUUUCUGGCAGGACCCACAUUAGGCUGAAGCCAAGGCCUGGCCACCUCCCUCCCGUGAAAACCAGGGGGAGAAGCCAGGUCCCCACUGGUCCUGCCCACAGACAAAAAGUGGGUGAGGACAGUAAGGACAAGAUAAGCUCGCGGGCUCCUUACUCCUGCUGGAGGCUCCAUUCCUGUAUUAUCAUGGCGGGAACGCUUGUGUGUGUGGAGAGAGAGACAGCUAGGCUGAGUUUUCUCUUUCUGCAGAGAUUCUCUCCUAGGGUCAGACUGGGUAACGCAUGCGUCUCUCAUGUUUCUAAAAUAAGGCAAAGGCCUCUGUGCUCUUAGAUCCUAGGGUGGGGAGUGGGGGUGGGAACUCGCUUGCAAAAGCGUAUUUCUGUGUCCUGUGGGUGAUGCAGAGCAGCCACCCUCAGAAUGGUUGGAAAUCCUUGACGCCUUUGGGGUGGUGGGAUGAUUAGUGACCCAUAGGAUAGCGCAGACGUUUGCUGAUGUGGCACCGAGCGGUGACCCGCAGACCAUGCGGUUACCCCCAGGGAAUGGGGGGCAUCAGUGAGGGGUGUCACCUUCAUUCCUCUAGAGGCACAGGAGGACAGAAGGAGCCACCAGCAGAGGCGGCUGCUGGCCCCUUGCCUCUUAGGAAGGUUGGCUGGUACAGGGAAAGUUCUAGCCAGAGGUGGGGCCUGACGUGUCCGUGACUUGGGCUGACCUGCUGACAACCCCCAGCUGCCAAAACUGCCCAAGAGUUGGGCUACUCCACUGUUCCACCUCAAUAAUGGGAAGUCAUUCCCCACACAAAUUCAUGUUGGGGAAUUAUUUUUAACCCUUUGUACCAAAUUAAGUUACUACUCCCCACCUGGACUUUUCUCCCAUGAGGGUAAAAGUCAAGUGAGUCUCCGUGUAUGGGUGGUGGUGAGUGGCUGGAUUUAAGGGUCUGUCUCUCAGCGUCCUGGAUGCAGGGGCUUGUUUGGAAAGCUGUUCUGGAGCUAGCCUGUCCCAGGAGAGGGGGGAGCACACGUGUGACUGCUGGCCUUCCCUGGAGGGGGCAGCAUCUGUCCCUUGAGGAAGGCGUGGCAGGGAGGGAAGGAACAUGAUCCCCUCAGACACUGUUAGAUGCAGUGUCCUGACUCCACAUGCCCUCUCCUUACCCCAGGGGACCCUGGGGCUGAUGACAGGUGGAGCGGGGGCUCUUUGUCAUUCCGUCUUCCUCUGCUCAGGCAGGAUUCGUGGAAGAUGGGGCAGAGACAGCGGCGGUCCUGCAGCGAUGCUGGGCUAAGGGCAGGAACCAUGACAGGUGAUUCAGAACAUCUGUCUUCACGUUUCCGCCCCGUUCAAUCUGUCCCACUUCCUUCAUAGACUCCUUCCCUAAAGGGAAGUCUGUGAUGGGCCUUUGGUAUGAAUCAGGCUCCAGCAAAUGGGGCCAAGUCUUGGUUCUUCCCUGAAGAAUCAUAUCCCCUUUGUCAAGCCGUCUCCUAAACUACUCCCCACCCAGUCUCUCCCCCCACCCAGCAGUCCCAGGAAAGGAGCCCUCAGGAGGCUCUCAGUAUACAACAAGCCCAGGCACUGCCAGCAUUUCAGGGGGCCGAGAGAGAGGGUUCCCCUCUAGCUCACCACUCGUGGGAUCACUGGUUCUCCCAGGGGCCUGACCCCCACCAGGGCAAGCAUGCCUGCCAGCCUUGAGGAGAGCAGAAGCCUCCCACCCCUUUCAAAGACACUAGAGCCCUCCAAGGGUAUUUUUUUGGAAAUGAAAUGUAGCACAACCUUAGACUGCGUUAAUCAGGAGCCCUGGCACGCAACCAGGGUUCUUGCUCCACACCCUGCUGUCCAGGAGAUGCCAUGCUCCUCCCCCGCCAGGGCUCCAGAGCUCCUGAUACCUCCGAUUCCCCAUCUUCUUCAGCCCAGAAAGCAUCAGGGCUUCAGGAAAGCUGCUCUUCCGCUUCUUUGAUUGCUUCCUGCACUGUGCGAAGCCCGUGCAAGCAACUGCUGUCUUUGCUUGAUGGUGGAGACAGGUGGCCUGUCCUUCAGGGCCAGGAGGUGGUCCAGCAGGCUUUCUGCAGUGGCUGCAAGGAGAGGGAAAAGAAGAGGCCUGCUGCCCUGCCGACUGCUCCCUUUCUCUUCCUCUCCCCCGGAGUUUUCUUCUCCAAUAUCCUGACACAGAAAGAGGUUCUUUAAAAUGCUGCUUCCUAUACUGGAUUACCGUUCACUGAAUGAUCAGGAAGGAGGUAGGAAUGUAGACUCAUCCCCUGCCUUCUCCCUCAAGUCUGCUUUUCACUCAGGUCAGAAGAAAUUGGGCCAAAACAAAACAAUCAUGACUGAAGGGCAGGGGAACCCCGCCCGAUCCAGUGAGGCCUGAUGGGGGGCUGGAUCAGCCUAGUCUGGCUGGGAAAGGGUUAUUUUGAAAGAGUGCCUGAGCAUCUCAGAGCGACUGUCAGUGAUGCCAAAGAGAGCAACUUGGCCUCCUCGGGCACCAGCUCUGCCAGCUGAGCCGCACACGUGCAGCUCAGGUGUCAGCAUGCCCGACGGUGGGACCUUGUUCUUUGACAAAGGGCUUAGUCUUUCCAUGUAGCAAAGCAACUUCCCCUCCCCCAAACCCUGAGCUCAGGCUUUUGUGGGCCCAGCAAGGCUGUGCCUGUGAAGGAAACUUGCAUUCUCGCAGAGGCCCAGACCGGCUUGGGGAGGAUGCUCGUCAAAAAGCAUGAGUGUUACUGCUCUGGGAAGACCUUCCCAGGCUCUGAUUGGAAACUUGGCCAGUAAGGACAGGAGCCUUCGCCCUCCCUGGGAGCUCACACUGAUGCCAGGAAGGGUCCUUGGGACUGGGUUCCAGAGAGCUUGGCAAAGAGAAAUGGGUCCUGGGAAUUCCAAAGGCAACAGAGCAUCCGCCCCAAUGGUCAGUGGCCUGGACAGCUGGCUACGGAGAAUCAAAGGCUAUUAUAUACAGAGAAGACUUGUGCAAGACUUGUGCAAGACUCCUCACUUUUCUGGGCCUCCGCUUCCUCAUGUGCAAAACCAGAGCAUUUGCUAGUUAUUCCAUGGUUCCCUCCAGGUUUUAAGUCUAAUCUGGAGUUGAUGAGGGUCGUGAGCCUGGUGCACCUGGCACCUGGUUCCACAGGCUGGUUCCUUCCAGACCUGCGUGCCCAAGCUGGGUGCAGGUCCUCACCCGUCCAUGCCCAGAUGCUGCUUCCGACAAGAACUCUGGGAAUCCUAACAGACUCUUCUUCUUCCACCUCUUCCUGGUUUGUUGUUGUUUUCUUAUGUAAUGAGAUAAUUAAGGGUUGUCUACAAUGGACUUUUUCCAAGGUGCUGAUGUGAUGUCACAACCUCAGAUGCAUCCUGCGUAGGUCAGUAUCCCCACCAGCAGAUGAGGCUGGGUUGGUCCUCAUUUCUGCUUCUAGAGUGAGAAAAUGGGAGAAUUUUAAAGGGAGAUGCUCUCUGAUGGGAGGAGAGAGGGAACUUAUUUCCCUUCAAAGUAUUUUGCUUCUUGAAACAAAAAAUUACUCUUCUCCAGAAUGUCUUUUACCAGACACCAUCUCAUCAGGCAGAGUGGCUGCUGCUUUCUUAGGAAAAGUUGGCCUGAUUAUUCCAUCCACUCCUUUAGAAUGUAAAUUCAUAGGAGGCAAGAACCCCUUUUUUAGAAUUUCUAAAUGCAUCCUUCAAAGAGAGCAGAUAGGGACUGAGAAGCACACUGUUUAGAUAAGAAGCAAUUAGCCUUUUAUAUCUGUGCUCUAUACAUUUUCUAUGUGCAGCAUCUUUCCAAACUCGUUGUGGCUCCCAGGUGGCAGGUGGAUGGACGGGGAGGACUGCCGGCUGUUUCUUACAACACUCUUGCCAAUUCCCUUGAGGAGAAAAUUCUUCACAUGGCUUCUGCAUGUACAGUAUUUGGGCAGCAAAAAAAUGAUUAAAGUCCGUUUGAAAAUGG